AUGAAAAAUAAUCUCGAGUACCACGGCUACCUAAUGGCGGGAUAUCAUGAUCAUCCGGCUGGAACAAUGUACAACUGUGUAGACAAGAAUCCAGAUACAUUGCAUGGUGGCCAUGCUAAUAAAGAUGGCUACCUAUUUUACUUUGUAGAAGGUCGCUGUGGUUCAUUGAAAUGUCCACCAUAUGUUGAGGGAAGAGAACUAUUGUGCGCUAUGACUGAGUUCUAUCUAAUCAUAGUGCUGCUUCUUCAAACGACAAAGGGCGAAACACAGACAGGAAGUUGCAAAGACAUGUUACAGGGUUACCUUACAGGACAAUUGUCGUCUGCUCUAGGAGCAUAUCAGGUAGACGCUUUAAGACGGGAAUUCAAAAGCUUCACUGACGUCAUUGAGAAAUCUAUGAAAAAGUUCAAGGAAGAAGUUAACGCUAGGAUACAGAAUGAAGGUAACAGAAACGUUGUGUAUACGAGAUGGAGCAAGAAGACUUGUGCCUCCCUUGCAAACUUUGUCUAUUCCGGACAUUUCGGAGGAUCACAUUAUACGGACAAAGGGGCGGCUGUAAAUCCUCUUUGCUUGCCGAGGGAUCCAGAGUGGGGUAAUUACAGGGAUGGAAAUGAUGGAUUUAAGGCUUAUGUUUACGGAGCGGAGUACGAACCAAAUACUUUCACGAGUCACUUUACUUCUCUUCAUAACCAUGACGUACCCUGUGCUGUAUGCCUUGUCCAAAAUAAAUCCGUUGUAAAAAUUAUUUCCAGAAAAACCUGCUACAAAGGCUGGAAUCUCAAGUACGAAGGCUUUUUAAUGGCUGGAUAUCGUAAUCAUGCAGCUGGUUCAACAUACAAGUGUGUAGACAAGAAUCCUGACACCUUGCAUGGUGGUAAGGCAGAUAAAGAUGGCUACCUAUUUUAUUUUGUAGAAGGUCGCUGUGGUUCUUUGAAAUGUCCACCAUAUGUUGAGGGAAGAGAGCUAGUGUGCGCUGUUGGUACCAAGAAAUAA